CUGAUCCCUAUGCUUCACUCAUUCUAAGUAUUAGCAAGUUAACCUGGUGCUCAAUAUCGGGCAAAUAUUCCUACAAUGAGGGCUCUCCUGCAAGAGUCGAGUAGUAUAUACAUUGUGUGCCUAUUCCUGUGAACACUUUUUGUGACUACAGGACAGGCCAUCGAAAUGGUUAUCAUGUCAGGCACGGCAACUGUCCUGCAGCAGUUUGUCGGUGGGCUGAAGAGUCGAAAUGAAGACACCAGAGCGAAGUCUGCAAAGGAUCUGCAACAUUAUGUGACAACAGAGUUAAGAGAGUUAAGUCAAGACGAAGCUACCACAUUCUAUGAUGAAUUAAAUCACCACAUCUUUGAGCUGGUGUCCAGCUCUGAUGUUAAUGAGAAGAAAGGAGGGAUUCUUGCAAUAGUCAGUCUGAUUGGAGUCGAGGGAGGAAAUGCCACCAGGAUCAGCCGUUUUGCUAACUACUUGCGCAACCUGCUACCCUCCAGUGACCCAGUGGUUAUGGAGAUGGCUUCCAAAGCUAUGGGUCACCUUUCUAUGGCCGGGGACACAUUUACAGCUGAAUAUGUUGAGUUUGAAGUGAAGAGGGCUCUGGAGUGGCUCGGAGCAGACAGGAAUGAAGGAAGACGUCAUGCUGCCGUAUUGGUGUUGAGGGAACUGGCUGUUAGUGCGCCAACCUUCUUCUUUCAACAAGUGCAACCUUUCUUUGACAACAUCUUCUAUGCUGUGUGGGACCCCAAACAGGCCAUCCGCGAGGGUGCCGUGUCGGCACUGCGGGCCUGCCUUAUUCUUACCACACAGAGGGAGACCAAAGAAAUGCAGAAACCGCAGUGGUACAAACAAACCUUUGACGAAGCAGAGAAGGGCUUCGAUGAAAGCUUGGCAAAAGAGAAAGGCAUGAAUCGGGACGACAGGUUCCACGGUGCUCUUCUCAUCCUGAAUGAGCUGGUUCGAAUCAGCAGCAUGGAAGGAGAGCGCAUGCGUGAGGAAAUGGAGGAGAUCACACAGCAGCAGCUGGUGCACGAUAAGUACUGCAAGGAGCUCAUGGGCUUUGGAACAAAGCCCCGCCACAUCACCCCUUUUACCAGCUUCCAGUCGGUGCAGCCACAGCAGUCCAACGCGCUCCUGGGCUUGCUUGGUUACAGCACGCCACAGGGCUUUCUCAGUUUCGGAGCUACACCUGUGCCUGCUAAGAGCUCACUGGUGGAGAGCAGAUACUGCCGCGAGCUCAUGGAAGAGCGUUUCGACCAGGUUUGCCGAUGGGUGCUAAAAUACAGAACCAGUAAGAAUCCUCUUAUCCAGAUGACAAUACUCAAUUUGCUGCCAAGGCUUGGUGCCUUCCAACCGCAUACUUUUACUGACCAAUACCUGUCGGACACAAUGGGCUACCUGCUAGGCAGCCUUAAGAAGGAGAAGGAGCGGACAGCAGCCUUCCAAGCUCUGGGUUUACUGGUGGUAGCAGUCCGGGCUGAAAUACAGCCGUAUCUUUCCAAGAUCCUGGAGAUUAUAAAGGCAGCUCUGCCACCCAAGGACUUUGCUCACAAAAGGCAGAAGUCCAUUCAGGUAGACGCCACUGUUUUCACAUGUAUUAGCAUGCUUUCUAGGGCUAUGGGUCCUAGCAUCCAACCAGACAUUAAGGAAUUAUUGGAGCCCAUGCUGGCUGUGGGCCUCAGUCCUGCACUGACAGCGGUGCUGUACGAUCUGAGCCGUCAAAUCCCACAGCUGAAAAAGGACAUUCAGGACGGGCUGCUAAAGAUGCUGUCACUGGUUUUGAUGCACAAACCAUUACGUCACCCGGGCAUGCCCAAAGGAUUGGCUCACCAGCUUGCAUCGCCAAGCCUUACCAACAUCCCAGAGGCCAGUGAUGUUGGCAGUAUAACACUGGCCUUGCGCACUCUGGGAAGUUUUGAGUUUGAAGGACACUCCCUCACCCAGUUUGUGCGACACUGCGCUGACCACUUCUUGAACAGCGAGCACAAGGAAAUCCGAAUGGAGGCGGCUCGCACCUGUUCCCGACUCCUCACCCCCUCCAUACAUCCAAUCAGCGGCCAUGUUGUGAGUCAGACAGCAGUCCAGGUUGUUGCAGAUGUGCUAAGUAAACUUCUAGUGGUUGGCAUCACAGAUCCAGAUCCAGAUAUCCGCUACUGUGUGUUGGCGUCUCUGGAUGAGCGCUUUGAUGCCCACCUUGCCCAGGCAGAGAACCUGCAGGCACUCUUUGUGGCCUUGAAUGAUGAAGUGUUUGAGAUCAGAGAAUUGGCUAUUUGCACAAUCGGACGCCUAAGCAGUAUGAACCCAGCUUUCGUCAUGCCCUUCUUACGCAAGAUGCUCAUUCAGAUCUUGACAGAACUGGAGCACAGUGGUGUUGGAAGAAACAAAGAGCAGAGUGCCCGUAUGCUCGGUCAUCUGGUGUCUAAUGCUCCCCGCCUCAUACGGCCAUACAUGGAGCCCAUCCUCAAGGCACUGAUCCUUAAAUUGAAAGACCCAGACCCAAAUCCUGGUGUGGUUAUUAGUGUCCUUGCCACCAUUGGGGAAUUGGCUCAGGUGAGUGGUCUGGAGAUGAGAAAGUGGAUGGAUGAGCUUUUUCCUAUCAUCAUGGACAUGUUGCAAGACUCAUCCUCUUUAGCCAAGCGACAGGUGGCACUGUGGACUUUAGGCCAACAGGUGGCCAGCACUGGUUAUGUUGUGGAGCCCUACAGAAAGUACCCGUCCCUUCUUGAGGUGCUGCUCAACUUCCUCAAGACCGAACAGAACCAGGGGAUCAGAAGAGAAGCCAUCCGCGUUCUUGGUCUGCUUGGAGCUCUAGACCCGUACAAGCACAAAGUGAACAUUGGCAUGAUCGACCAGUCACGAGAUGCCUCCGCAGUCAGUCUUUCUGAGUCCAAGUCUAGUCAAGAUUCAGCUGAUUACAGCACUAGUGAGAUGCUGGUCAAUAUGGGCAACUUGCCCCUGGAUGAGUUUUACCCAGCGGUGGCAAUUGUUACUCUGAUGCGCAUCCUGAGAGAUCCCUCACUGUCAAACCACCACACCAUGGUCGUCCAGGCUGUCACGUUUAUAUUCAAGUCUCUGGGUUUAAAGUGCGUCCAGUUCCUACCGCAGGUCAUGCCCACAUUUCUAAAUGUGAUUCGUGUCUGCGAUGCUAGCAUCCGAGAGUUCCUCUUUCAGCAGAUGGGAAUGGUCGUAUGCUUUGUUAAGAUUCACAUCCGCCCCUACAUGGAUGACAUAUUCACCCUCAUCAGAGAGUACUGGACACCCAAUAAUCCCAUGCAGAACACCAUCAUCCUUCUGAUCGAACAGAUCGUGGUGGCGCUGGGUGGAGAGUUUAAACUCUAUCUGCCUCAGCUCAUCCCUCACAUGUUGCGUGUCUUCAUGCAUGACAACAGCACUGGGCGCAGUGUUACCAUAAAGCUUCUAAAUGCCAUCCAGCUGUUUGGUGCCAACCUCGAUGACUACCUCCACCUGUUGCUGCCACCCAUUGUCAAGCUGUUUGAUGCACCCGAUGUGCCACUGCAGGCCCGCAAGGUUGCCUUGGAGACUUUGGACAGGCUUACAGAAUCCCUGGACUUCACCGAUUACGCUUCCCGCAUUAUUCACCCCAUUGUCCGGACUCUUGACAGUACGCCCGAAUUGCGCUCCACCUCCAUGGACACCCUGUCCUCACUUGUGUUCCAGUUAGGCAAGAAGUACCAGAUCUUCAUCCCCAUGGUAAAUAAAGUGAUGCUGAAGCACCGGAUCAACCACCAACGCUAUGACAUACUAAUAUGUCGUAUUGUUAAGGGCUAUACUCUGGCAGAAGAGGAAGAAAACCCUCUGAUCUUUCAGCACCGCCAUCUACGUGGUAACCAAGGUGAUACACUGGUUAGCGGACCAGUGGAGGCAGGACCAAUGAAGAAACUUCAUGUCAGCACAACAGCACUUCAGAAGGCUUGGGGUGCCGCUAGAAAGGUUUCCAAAGAUGACUGGCUAGAGUGGUUGAGACGCUUAAGUGUCGUCCUGCUGAAGGAGUCUUCCUCCCCAGCACUGCGAUCGUGUUGGUCGUUGGCUCAAACCUACAUCCCACUGGCCAGGGACCUUUUCAAUGCGGCCUUUUUAUCCUGUUGGUCUGAGCUGAGUGAAGACCAGCAGGAUGAGCUGAUCCGCAGCAUCGAGUUAGCGCUGACGUCGCAGGACAUUGCAGAGGUCACGCAGACGCUACUUAACCUCGCAGAGUUCAUGGAACACAGUGACAAGGGCCCUCUGCCAUUGAGAGAUGACAAUGGCAUUGUACUGCUUGGUGAGAGAGCUGCCAAAUGCCGCGCCUAUGCCAAGGCUUUGCAUUACAAAGAGUUGGAGUUUCAAAAAGGUCCUUCGCCUCUCAUCCUGGAAUCUCUUAUCAGUAUCAACAACAAACUGCAGCAGCCAGAAGCUGCAUCAGGUGUGUUGGAGUAUGCCAUGAAACAUUUUGGUGAGCUGGAAAUCCAAGCCACCUGGUAUGAGAAACUCCAUGAGUGGGAGGAUGCCCUGGUGGCAUAUGACAAGAAGAUUGACAUGAACAAAGAGGAUCCAGAGCUCAUCCUGGGCAGAAUGCGCUGCUUAGAGGCCCUGGGAGAAUGGGGCCAGUUACACCAGCAAUGCUGUGAGGAGUGGACUCUUGUCAGUGAAGAAACCCAGGCCAAGAUGGCUCGCAUGGCUGCCGCGGCCGCUUGGGGACUAGGACACUGGGACAGCAUGGAGGAAUACACAUGCAUGAUACCAAGAGACACACAUGAUGGUGCUUUCUACAGGGCAGUGCUAGCCCUGCAUCAGGACCUGUUCUCAUUGGCCCAGCAGUGCAUUGACAAAGCAAGAGACCUACUUGAUGCUGAGCUGACAGCCAUGGCUGGAGAGAGUUACAGUCGAGCCUAUGGGGCAAUGGUGUCGUGCCAGAUGCUGUCUGAGCUGGAGGAGGUGAUUCAGUACAAGCUUGUGCCUGAGAGGAGGGACAUCAUUAGGGAAACAUGGUGGGAGAGGCUUCAGGGUUGUCAGCGAAUCGUAGAGGACUGGCAAAGGAUCCUAAUGGUCAGGUCGUUGGUGAUCAGCCCUCAUGAAGAUAUGAGGACGUGGCUAAAAUACGCCAGUCUUUGUGGCAAAAGUGGACGUCUGGCUUUGGCCCAUAAGACCCUGGUUCUCCUUUUGGGUGUUGACCCGUCCAAGCAACUUGAUCACCCACUCCCCACAGCCCACCCACAUGUCACAUAUGCAUAUAUGAAGUACAUGUGGAAGAGUACCCGCAAGAUUGAUGCCUUUCAGCACAUGCAGCACUUUGUGCAAGGGAUGCAGCAGCAAGCCCAGCAUGCCAUUGCAGCUGAAGACCAAAAACACAAACAGGAGCUCCACAAAUUGAUGGCCAGAUGCUUCCUGAAGUUGGGAGAGUGGCAACUUAGCCUGCAGGGCAUCAAUGAGAGCACCAUCCCCAAAGUCUUGCAGUAUUACAGCCAUUCAACCGAGCAUGACCGCAAUUGGUACAAGGCCUGGCACGCGUGGGCAGUAAUGAAUUUUGAGGCGGUGCUGCAUUACAAACAUCAGAACCAGGCUCGUGAUGAGAAGAAGAAGUUGCGACACGCCAGCGGUGCCAGUGCCAACGGUGAGGCCAGCAACAGCGACAGUGAGGUUGACGGCAACGACCACAGUCCAGUCCCCUCGCCAGGACAAAAAAAGGUUAAUGAGACAUUGCUUCUCUACACUGUUCCUGCUGUUCAAGGAUUCUUCCGCUCCAUUUCUCUGUCCAGAGGCAACAACCUGCAGGACACACUCAGGGUUUUGACUUUGUGGUUUGACUAUGGCCACUGGCCUGAAGUAAAUGAGGCGCUUGUCGAGGGCAUCAAGACCAUCCAAAUAGAUACCUGGCUUCAGGUGAUUCCACAGCUCAUUGCUCGAAUUGACACACCUCGUCCUCUGGUGGGUCGCCUCAUCCACCAGCUGCUUACAGACAUUGGACGAUAUCAUCCACAAGCUUUGAUCUACCCACUAACUGUGGCCUCUAAGUCUACCACCACAGCUCGCCACAAUGCUGCAAACAAAAUCCUGAAAAACAUGUGUGAACACUGCAACACUCUAGUUCAACAAGCUAUCAUGGUUAGUGAGGAACUUAUUCGAGUGGCCAUCUUGUGGCAUGAGAUGUGGCACGAGGGCCUCGAGGAGGCGUCACGUCUGUACUUUGGAGAGCGCAAUGUCAAGGGCAUGUUUGCUGUUCUUGAACCCCUGCACGCAAUGAUGGAGAGGGGGCCACAGACUUUGAAAGAGACUUCUUUUAAUCAGGCUUAUGGCAGGGACCUGAUGGAGGCUCAGGAUUGGUGCAGGAAGUACAUGCGCUCUGGAAAUGUGAAGGACUUGACCCAGGCCUGGGACCUGUACUAUCAUGUGUUCAGGCGCAUCUCCAAACAAUUGCCACAGCUGACUUCCUUGGAGCUGCAGUAUGUUUCUCCAAAAUUACUGAUGUGCCGCGACCUCGAACUGGCUGUCCCUGGAACCUAUGACCCCAACCAGCCCAUUAUUCGCAUCCAGUCCAUUGCACCGUCCCUCCAGGUCAUCACUUCUAAGCAGCGACCACGAAAACUCACUAUUAUGGGCAGCAACGGCCAUGAAUUCAUGUUCCUGUUAAAGGGACAUGAGGAUCUCAGGCAGGAUGAGAGAGUCAUGCAGUUAUUUGGCCUGGUCAACACGUUGCUGGCAAACGACCCUGCAUCCUUGCGCAAGAACCUCAGCAUCCAGCGCUACGCAGUGAUCCCCUUGUCCACAAACUCUGGGCUGAUCGGCUGGGUUCCUCAUUGUGACACUCUGCAUGCCCUUAUUAGAGACUACAGAGAAAAGAAAAAGAUUCUGCUCAACAUUGAACAUCGUAUCAUGCUCAGGAUGGCACCUGACUAUGACCACCUGACACUGAUGGAGAAAGUGGAGGUGUUCGAGCAUGCUGUUAACAACACUGCUGGUGAUGACCUGGCGAAGCUCUUGUGGCUAAAAAGCCCCAGUUCUGAGGUGUGGUUUGACAGGAGGACAAAUUAUACCCGCUCUCUGGCUGUGAUGUCAAUGGUCGGCUACAUCCUGGGACUUGGCGACAGGCAUCCUUCUAAUUUGAUGUUGGAUCGAUUAAGUGGAAAGAUCCUCCAUAUUGACUUUGGGGAUUGUUUUGAAGUUGCCAUGACUAGGGAAAAAUUCCCUGAAAAGAUCCCAUUCAGAUUGACGAGGAUGCUGACAAACGCCAUGGAGGUGACUGGCUUGGAUGGUAACUACCGGAUCACGUGCCACACGGUGAUGGAAGUACUAAGGGAGCACAGGGACAGUGUUAUGGCUGUGCUGGAAGCCUUUGUCUACGACCCACUGCUCAACUGGAGACUAAUGGACACUAACACAAAAGGCAACAAGCGCUCGCGCACUAGAACGGACUCGUACACGGCGGGUCAGUCUGUAGAGGCCCUUGAGGGAAUAGAAAUAGGUGAGACUACGCACAAGAAACCAGGGACCACAGUGCCUGAAUCCAUUCACUCUUUCAUCGGAGAUGGCUUGGUGCAACCCGAAGCCCUCAACAAGAAAGCCAUUCAAAUUAUCAACAGAGUACGAGAUAAGCUUACAGGUCGAGACUUUUCUCAUGACGAGACUCUCGACGUGCCAACACAAGUGGAACUGCUAAUAAAGCAGGCCACAUCCCAUGAGAACCUGUGCCAAUGCUACAUUGGAUGGUGUCCAUUUUGGUGAAGAAUCUUUUUUCGGAAACCAUUUUUAACACACAUUCUGAAAGGAAACCACGGAUAGAAAGACAUGUAGUUCUUAAAAAAUAAAUGUUACAAUGAGUUGAAAUAAUUUAAUAUUACAGCCCCUUUUAAUGUUUUUGUUUUAAUGAAAUACGUAAAAUUAUUUUAACCUGUAGAUCGCCAUUGUUGUUGACUUUGCAGGGCAGUGACGUCACUUGGGUACGCUGCCGGACUUCUAAUGUGUCACUCUUUAACCACAUAAACAUGUCGUCGGUUCUGCCGUUCGAAUUUGAACUCGAGCGGAACAUUAAUGAGAAGGACAGCAAAAGCAAAAUGAACAGGAAAGACGGGAUCAUCCAGACAUCUAGAGCUGUCGUAUGCUUUACAGAUGAAUAGUGUUCACAGUGAAACACAGCAGUUUAUUUUUUUGCAGAUGGCCCGUACAUCACAGCACACAAAAACAUUGAUGCAGUUUGCCUCUAAUGAGACGUCUCAUGGCGUCUAAUGACGUUUUACCUCAUUUUUGUCACGUAAAAGCGCUGUCCAGAUCAAUGAUCAUCCUGCCGGUGUUCUCAGAUUUAUCAAACUUAUCAGAUGUUGCUACCAAAGCUUGCUUCCCUGUGAAUAAGUGACACGGAAAACAAAUAAAUGUAUUAAACUUGCUGGCUAUUCUUAUCAUUUUCUGCCCAACAGAUUAUAAUGACGCCUUUUAUAUUUUGCACAUAGAGAUCAAAGAUUUGGUUGUGGUGUAAGGCAGAGAGAAAGGCGAGUGGACACAGGCGUUCAGAUUCGUAGCUCAGACCGCGUCGUUUAUUGGCAUAAGCUUCGGCAACUCCUCCUUCACAACGUACAAUUUAACAUAAGUAUCAUACAGUGAAAAUACAACAAAAUUAAUAUUCAUAUCUCUCAAACAAAAGUGUUCACAAAAGAAAAGUGCUUCAAUCUGUAUUAAUGAGGCCCUAUUCUCACACAGUUAAACAAAAGAGAACUGGCAUUCACAAAUUCACAAUCAAAAUAGAUAUGCAAAAUAAACAUAACAAUUACUCAGACUUUGGUCAAACUCUAUUUAAACAAUUUAGCAACUCGUUUAGCUCAACAAAUACACUGGAUGGCAGUAUUUAGUCACAGUAUACAAACUAUGAUGCUUGGAGCCAUAAGCCAGCAUCAGGUGUCUCAGCUUCUCAACAUACAAUUGAAGUUGAACAUAAGGCACAAUGUACCCGUACUAGGGAAUAAAAGGAAAACUACAGUGUCAGUCAAGGGACAAAACGCACUCAUUGGCUUGAUCUCUAAUUAAUUUAGAACUCGCCAUUGAUACUAUGUGGCGUAUUAAAAUCGUUACCUUGCAUAGUUAGAGUGACACUGUGGAAGUACGGCAGUGAUGCCAUGUGACAUUACCGCCCUGCGAAGUCAAUAACAAUUGUGCGCUACUAGCUAACUUUUUUAUUUAAAAUUUAACAAAUUUGAUCAAAACGAAAACAUUAGGAGGGGUUUUAAGAUCAAAUUAGUAUAACUCGUACUAACAUUCAUCUUUUAAGAACUACAUGUCUUUCUAUCCGUGGUUCCCUUUAACGUCUUGUUUUGGGGACCGAUCUGUUUCAUGCAAUGUGCCAGCUUUCAUCCCGCCACUCAUAUUGCUGGGCUAAAAAUUUGAUUGACAACUUUCGUUAGAUUGACAGUUAGUGGGCCGGAUGUUGCUAGCGCCUUUCUGUCUUGACCCAUCGCAUUAUCACAUGCAGCAUUUUAAUCUCCAAGCUAAUGAAAUAUACUUGUUAAUACUUUGUAUCACGUGAAACUGAUAAACACCCCUUAGUCCUACGUAUGUAAUCAAACGUUGGUAACACUUUACAAUAAUGGUCCCUUAAUUAACAUUAGUUAAUGCAUUUUUAGACAAUAACUAAUGUUUAAGUAACAUUACAAUAAUUAAUAGAAUUGUUUAUCUAACAUUUAUUAAUAUAUUAAUUAACAUGAAUUAAUGCAUUAGCUAAUGCAUUAGGUAAUGCAUAACCAGACAGUUACUAAUGGUUUGGUAAUAUUAAAAUAUAUAUAAGCUUAU